GAUUUAAAAAGACCAAUGAGUGGCACUGGCCCAGCUGCCAAGGCGAUCUUGGGUUGCAAUCCAACCUCGAUGCGAUUUGAGUGCCAAGUUGGGACUGGUCAGGGGUUGGGACUUAGGACAAGUGCAAGAAGGAAGAAGGAUACGGAAGUGUGUUUGGAAGAUGGAAGUCGAACAGGAAAAGCCAAGCCUGGAGAACGUAGAAGCACGACAACAGGAAAAACAACGAGGAGAAGAAGUAGUGGUAGUCGAAGAAGAGGAAGAACAGCAACAAGGAGUAGAGGAAGGAGAAGAGAAUGCAAAUGUCUUGCAAUUUAUGGAUUCCAUGGACGCUUAUCUGACCCUUAGUCAUUCUUUAUCUUCGACACUUCGCCAGGGAUGGCUGGAACUAGCGAGUGCUCGGCAUUCGAUGGGUGCUUCACGUGUCAACACUGUCUUGUUGGACCACAAAUUUCAUCCUGCUGCUACAACAUUGCUUGUAACCCGGGAUGAGGGAAAAGUUGACUCCAUGAAACAACACUUUACAUUAUGUAAAUGGGCAUCUUCUGGUAAUGAAAAGUGCUCUUUGGGAGAGGCAAAAUCUAGCCAGGACAAGUUGCAUCCACAGCUACGACAUAGGGGCAGUUCGCAGCUUUAUGAGGAGAAGACAGCAUCUGAGCAUAAAGCUUCCCAUGAAGUUGAUGACCAAGUUCAAAAAGAGCGAUCUAAAUCACUGUCAGUGUUUGGAACUCUAGUUUCUCCAAAGCUUCGAGCAGCCCAGCUAUCAUUUGAGACAGCGCUAGAGACACUUGUAGAGAUAGCAAACACGCGUUCAGCAAUGCUCUGUGCUUUUGAUAAAGUUAACAAGAAAUUGGGAGGCAGCAAGGGAUGAAAAAGAGUUGAUUUAUUCUGAGGUUUAUGACUGAACGAAUUACUUAAUCAUCGGGAUACGUUUUUGGGACUGCAGUUGUGGGCAUGUCCCGGAUGGCAGCAAAGAAUUCUUCAUUGGGGGUUUCUUCCUUCACUUUUAGUGUAAAAUUGUAUCAAUGUGUCUGGUUCUCGGUGGCUUAGUUUUCAUAUUGUAUAGUCAUUCUGUUAUACGAGCAAGUUUUGUUCACUGAGCUCAACAUUAAGGUAAGGGUAAAUUAGCAGCUACAAUCUUGUUUCAGCCUUUUAUUUUUCAUGGUCUUCUUACUUUGUAAAGCACUCUCUCCUCAUCAUGUCUCCUUUAGCAUUUUAAUUGUCAUGUGGUUCCCUA